AUGGCGACUCCAAUCCCAAUUACUUUAUGCGGCAAUAAUUUGGGUGAACGUCAUCAUCACCUUAACAGUUUGGUGAACGAUUCUUACCAGCAGGGGCUACCGUUCGAAUCUGUAGAGAAUCUUCCAGAACAUACAGUUAUAGAUCGCCUUUAUAAGAUAGACCUUGCAUCCAAGUAUCGUCAUGUACAAUACAUUGUAAACAAUUUAAAAGAUGACAACAUUUUGUACGUGAGCAGAGCUCUUAGAUGUACCUGGUUGUUGGAGUCUCAAUAUCGGAAUAUCAUAAAUCCAGGAUAUUUAGAGGACAGACUGUACCCAGACAUGUUAACAACUGCUGUUAACAAAAUGAAACAUUGGAUUUAUAUAAAAUUGCGUGACGUUGAGAGAUGUCAAGAGAUUUACCUUUAUUACUCAUCUAAUAUCGAUGUAGCUGUUAAAUUUCUUUGGAACUGUAGCACUGACUUCAUCUCCAAAGCAGCUGUGAACAUUUUAGAUAAGAUAACUCCUCACCAUAUGAAACUACUUUGUGAAAACUGUCCACAAGUCAUCAGGAUAUACUUUGAAAUAUUACCAACGAAUCAAAAAUUGUUGUCUAUUUACUUAUCCCAUGAAUAUAAAUAUUACCAUAGUCUCAGGUCUUUGUUAAAAGCAGAAGCAGAAUUAUUUUUAGAUAUAACAGAAAAAUAUUAUAAUAAUAACAAAUUUAAAAGAUUCAGUCCUACAGCAACGCUAUAUAUCAUGAAUAAUCACAGAUGUAGAUUCUAUGAUAAACCAGAACUUUAUACAGCUAUGUUACUGGAUAUGAAAACGUUAGCUAAAUGCUUGUCCGUCCCAGAAGUGAAAAACAUAGUGCUUAAACUUGCUCGAGCGAAAUACCUUGAUUCGUGGUUUUCAUAUAAAAAUUUAGAACCAUUAAUUAUUCGUUUGCCGAAAGAUGAGAGAAGUUCCUUCAAAAAUCUGGUGUUUGUAGACAAAUCUGUUGGCCAAUUAAUAAAUGAGUGGCCGUAUUCACCUCCUUACCCACCUAAAGUGCAAAUUUCUCAAAACGAUGAUCAUAUAUUCGAAGACGUAGGUAGCUAUGAAUAUUUGGAAAAAAUAUGCUUUAAAUCACUUUUAAAGAAAAGAAAAUUAAUAAAGUGGGAAGAUAAACAUCGAAUGACUACUUUAGAUGAACUAUUCGAUGUCUAUCGAUUUUCUUCUUUUAAGAAAACUUUUAUAAAGCUUAGCAAAAAAAUGCAAGCAGAAAGUUCUUCACAGAUUCGCGAGUACAUGAUGUUAGUCUUAGUUAGCAAAAGUGGUGGUCACACAGAAAAUAUUGGAGAGUUACUUGAACUACUAUUAAGAUGCCAUGCAAACGAACCCCCGCAUGUUCGUUCCGCUGUAGUGCGUAGCAUGGUGAAACGUGCAAACGUUUGGCAAAUGCCAAUAACUAUAUGGCAAAUGUUCCUCAAAUUUGCACAAGGCCUUGGCUUAGAUGGUACAAAGUCUGACGUAAACUGUGACGAGGGUUUACACGCUGUUGUACUGCGCCAUAUUUUGUCGAGUAGCAACUGUCCUCCUGAAGUUUUUACUAAGUUUCUAGAAAAAUUCUCGACUUUCACUGAGUACAAACUAAAUUCAACAGAGAAAAAAUGUCUCGCAGAAAUAUUACCAGAAAUGCUACUACCCUCUUCAGAUGUGGAACCCACGCAGGCAGUUACACAAUUGCAAAAGUUACUCGAUGUAUUGAACGACUAUCAUAUACGUCCUGAUAAAUAUCCUGGUGUAUUACCAAUGAUUGUUUCACUUGCACAUCAAAAUCUUCCAAUUUGCCGUGAGCUCUUAAACCGUUUAUUUCUUUCACGUAUAGCUCGUAAGGAACUAUUUCAGGAAAAUUUCAGUUACAUUAAAAAUAAUGCAUCAUACCUAAAUGCUUUACGCCAUGACACUUCAAUAUUAAUCAAUAAUAAUAUUUUUUGUGACUUAGUAAAAAGUAAAAUUCAUCAUGAUGGCUUCCUACGUAAGUUGAGUGUUUACUUCUCAGAACAGGGAGGCAUAGCAGAAAAUUAUUUAGCAGUAAUUGAGAGUCAAUGUGCUACUAGAUUUCGUGCAGAUCUAGCUCGCUCUGUAGCACUAUUAGCAGGACCUUCGAUAUACACACGACUAAAGAAAUUGGAACGUAACACAAUUAUUCAAAAGCAAUAUGCAACUGCGUUAUGGGCCAAUGUUCAUUUAGCAAUUCCAAAAUUUAAUUUAGACGAUAUUGCUUGGAAUGAAGCCGAUGCCAAAGCCAUUGCUAAUAGAAUAUUAAUUUGUAGAACUAAUAAGAUUGGUGAAUACAUAGAUAAACUAAUGAUGGAAGGUCGCACGGUUAAAUUAGGGCUUAUGCUUGCUUCUAGAAGUGGUCAGGAGGGAGUAAUAUUUUCUAAAGCAAUAACUAUUAGACCCAUACUUUCAAUAAAAUAUGCGUUGAAAUAUAUGCGACAUCAGGGUAAUGUUUUUGACCAACGUGUUUGGGAGAUUGUUAAACCAGUCAUAACGGAACUUGAUUUACAAAAACAUAAAAAACUACAAGAUACACUCCUUAAAGUACAAAUGAUACCACUCAUAAUAAGAGUUGAAUACUGCGCUAUAUUGUAUAGGGUUAUACGAAAGGUCCAUAAAAAUACAGCAAUAAGAGUAAUUCGAGGUCUCAAGUCACUAUUAGGUGAAAUACAUGAAGAAAUUAUAAUAGAAAUCGUUGAAGAUUUCAUCAACAACCAAUUGGCGAUAGAUAAUAUUUCGAAUGAAGAAAUAUUUGAUAUGAUGAUAAUCGAAAUAUAUCUAUGGGUAAUUGUAAAAUAUUUGCUCCUUUGUCGCAAUGAAGAAUUGCAGAAACGACGAAUGACUUUGAUUGGGGAACCGCUUUUAAACAAAUUAAAACAUCUUUGGCAAUCGCCAGAGAGCGUCAACCGACAUACCAUUUUGAGAGUGUUGGAUUAUAUUUUGCUUUCAUUGAAAUAUAGUAAAGUAUUUUUAGACAGUGCUUAUGUUACGAGUUUACCUGUCUUUAAGAGAGUUGCAGAAUGGAUGCAAGAAAUGUUACCAACGAUGAAGUACUUCAACAAAUAUGUGAAGUUGCAUCUAACGAUGUUGUAUUGUAAAUCUAUAAGACAGUGUAUUAAACAUAAGCCUGAUAUAUUCUCAGAUCCGGAACGAACGUUAAAUGAGGGAGUUGUUAUAGUGGGGUCAACAUUCGGUAAAUAUUUGGCUUAUGAAAUCAAAGAUCUUACGAAACGGUAUUUCGAUUCCAUUGUAGAAAUCUAUUCUAGUUUAAUGUCAGAUUAUUUUAGGCAAUAUUUCAACUACGACGAAAGUAGAGAUGUUUUCAUUUGGUCAUUAUUAAAAGGAUUUUUAAGUGAAUGUAGACACAACGAAAGUAAAUUAUUAGCUCUAUAUAUUUAUGAAGAAUUUAAAACUAAUAAAGAAUCAGGACGAAACGAACUUUAUAAAAUAUUGAAGGAAACUGAUGACAUAGAAAUGAGGUGUUUUUUUAAUGCAAUACUAUGAAAUGAUGCAAUGACACGUAAUCAUAGAGUUUCGAAACAAAUGUUUGAAGAAACUAAUAAUAAACUUAACACAAUUACAGAAGUAAUAUCUCAAUGAAAUAUAGUCCGAUA